CGGACGCGCGAGGAUGGCGGAGCAGUGGGAUUUGGACGAGGAGGGCAUCCGCCGCUUGGGGUCACUGACCCUGGAGCAACCCGAACUGGUGGAGUCUCUUUCAUUGCAGGGGUCUUAUGCUGGAAAAAUUCAUUCCAUUGGUGAUGCCUUCCGAAAUUUCAAAAACCUCCGAUCCUUAGAUUUAUCAAGAAAUUUGAUCACUAGCCUGAAGGGAAUCCAGUAUUUAUGUUCACUUCAAGACCUGAAUUUAUAUUAUAACAACAUUCCUUCAUUAGUGGAGGUAUCCCGCCUGCAGCCUUUAGCCUUCCUGAAAGAACUAGAUUUGAGACUCAAUCCUGUUGUCAGGAAAGAUACAGACUAUAGGCUCUUUGCUGUGUACACGCUGCAAACUCUGGAGAAACUGGAUGAUCGAACUGUACGUGAAAGUGAGAGAAAAGCUGCUAAGAUGCAUUUUAGUCUCUUGGGCAACAGUGAAAAUUUUCUUUUAGAAGUAGAAAAAAGCAGCUCUAGGGAAAAGACUGUGAAAAACUGUGUGACAGAUGAGACCUCUUCAUCAAAAGUCAACUCAGAUGUUGAGAACAGGAUUGAAACUGACUCAAACAAAGGACUUUUUAUUCCCCUUCCCGGCCGGGAAAUAAAGGAUUCCUUAACCAGUAUUUCUGCAACGCAGGGCAACGGUAUGCCAGAGCAGAAAUUAGACACUUUUUCACUGGGUACACAGAUGGAAGAAGUAACAAGAAGAGAGAUACCAAAUGAGAAUCACCAGGAAGAUGAAUUCAGACGCUACUCACCUCACCAAUCCACAGUUCGAUCCCCAGAAAAGAUGAAUAGAGAAGGAUACCGAAUAUCUUUUUUGGACAAUAAGUCUUCAGGUUCUUCUCCAGAAAAGGACAUGAUGUCAAAACCUGAUACCUAUCACCUUAUUCAUGAUGCUUCACUGGGUAAACGCCUAGAUGUAGGUGAUUCUAGCCAGAUUCAUCCUUAUCAGUUACCUUCAGAAGUUCAUCUGGAAAAUUACGAUAGUCAUUGUCCUCAAACUCUGUCCUUGCAAGGAAGUCUUGGUAAAAGGCCUCAGAGAAGCAAGAACUACCGAGAAUAUAGCAUAAAGCCUUCAAAGGAUUUGAAGGCCACCUCAUCCCAUUCCUGUGGAGACUUACAAACUUCUCUGUCAAACUUUGACUCCAGCACUGGAAGGCUUUUGAAGCUUAGUUCAGAUCUGUAUGCCACAACCCAUUUCAACAGUGACCCUGCUUUGCUGGUCAAUGUAGAACAGUUAUCCACCAGCCUCAGUGACUUAACAUCAGCACGUGGCUCUUUCCCAAACAACUCUGUCCUAGAAGACUCUUUACGGACGCUGCUGUUGCCUUCUGGGACUUCAGAAAACAAAGAGAAUUCAACCAAAAGGUCAUUAAGCCCAUCAAGAAGAGGAUUCAAAAGGAAAGACAACAUCCUUGCCACCCUGAAUCCAAAGCAUGGCUUCAGAGAUGCUACUGUCACUGAGCCUCUCUCUAGUGACCUGGGCAGUUUGUAUGGUUUGCCAGGAAACCACAGCCCCCCAAUCUCUGCCAGAACAUCACAUGUGGCCACUGUCCUAAGACAGCUGUUAGAGCUUGUGGAUAAGCACUGGAAUGGCUCUGGCUCCCUUCUCCUCAACAAGAAGUUUCUUGGUCCUGCCCGAGAUUUGCUUCUGACUUUGGUAGUCCCUGCUCCUUGUCAGCAGUGGUGUCGCUCACAUCCUGAAGACACACCAAAAACAUUCCGCAGGAGGGAAAUGGAACUGAAGGAGGCUGGGCAUCUGGUCCCUAAUGAUAUGGAAAGUUUGAAGCAAAAACUGGUUAGAGUGCUGGAAGAAAACCUGAUUUUGUCAGAGAAAGUCCAGCAGUUGGAAGAAAGUACUGCCACCUCAGUUGCGAGUGGGCCCCAACCUCAUACUUACGAUGAUCUUCUGCGCAAAAACCAACAGCUGAACAUGCAGGUAGCUUGCCUGAACCAGGAACUUGCCCAGCUAAAAAAGCUGGAAGAGACAGUGGCCCUUCUCCAUGAAAGUCAGAGAUCCCUGGUGGUAACUAAUGAGUAUCUGCUGCAGCAGCUGAAUAAAGAGCAAAAAGGCUAUUCCGGGAAAGCACUCCUCCCACCUGAGACAAGCCAUCAUUUGGGGAGAUCGUCACCCUUUGGGAAAAGCUCUCUGUCUUCCUCCUCUCCAGUGGCACAUGACACGGGUCAGUAUCUCAUACAGAGUGUCUCAGACUCUGUCCCAGAGCCUAGUUUAUGGAACUAGGUGUUUAUGGAACACCUUUUCUUUUCUGCAGCUUCCCUCUUAGCUGCGGGGGGCUCCCAGGACCAUUGCCACUAGUAUAGUGGUUUUUACUACAAGCUUAAGCAAAACAAAUUUAUUCUGAUUACAUUGUAUUGGCCCUUUUUAUUUCUUUGUCUCCUCCCAUGGAAUCAU